GGAAGAAUGACGUCACCUUUUCAACCCGUUGAACAAUCAGAGAGCUCCCGGUCAAGCGACAGGGACUUGAAUAGCCCAACUUUUAAUGUAUUCUGCCUGAACCUAGCCAGCACAGCCUAUCUUGGUGGUCUAUUUGUUCAUAUUAGCCACUCCUUUUCUAUGUGUCGAUGCUAUUUGAAUAGAUUCCUACCGACUGACAAUUUAGUCAACUCUGCAUUGAACAGGUUUUGUAGUCUAUCAAGAGCAGGCUAUUCCUCUGUGAGUCCAACUUUUAUAGGAGGCUCUCCUGGAUAAGUGGGAAGACUGUAUGGACCAGGCUUAACAUGAAGAGCCUUAAAGCAAAGUUUAGGAAGAGCGACGCCCACGAAUGGAGCAAAAAUGAUGAGCGCCUCCUGGUAGCUGUGGAACACGGCGAGGUGGAGAAGGUGGCCUCUCUCCUCACCAAGAAAGGAGCCAGCGCGGUCAAACUGGACAAUGAGGGAAAGUCAGCUCUCCAUGUGGCUGCCACCCGUGGUCAAACUGAUUGUCUGGCAGUCAUCCUGGCCCAUGGAGUGGACACAUCAGUCAUAGACACCUCAGGUUUUAGUGCUUUACACCUCGCUGCCAAAAACAACCAUCAGGAGUGUGCCAAAAAGCUUAUACAGAGUAAAUGUGUGUUGGAUGCUCUGGACAGCUCAGGGAAGACAGCCCUUCAUCACGCAGCUGCCAGUGGAAGCGUUGGGAUUGUCCAAACCUUAUGUGAGCACAAGUGUCCGGUAAACAUCAAAGACACGGAUGGCCUAAGCCCCCUGCUGCUGUCCGCCAGACACGCCCAGGCGGAGGUGUGCGGCAGCCUCCUGGACUGGGGAGCCGACGUCAACGCGUGUGAUAAGAACGGCAGGACAGCGGUGAUGCUGGCCAGUGAGAGCAGCAGUGUGUCUGUAUUGGAGGUUCUGGUCCAGAGAGGAGCUGACCUCCAGGCUGUGGACUCUUUGGGUCACGACAUCCUGCACUACGCCAAAAUGUCUGGCAGCAGUGAAGUCAAGGCCGUCCUCACUGCGGCGCUGCACAAGGCCCACUCCGACUCAGACACCCCGAAAUCCCCAAAGUCCCCCAAAACUCCUCAGCAUGAUCAAGUGGCUAGGUUAUGUGGCGAUCCAAGCACAACUCCCAAAAAACGAAAAGCACCUCCACCUCCCAUAAGUCCUGUGCAGAUGUCUAGCCCCAACUCUCCCGCGUACAUGACCCCAAAUGAAACUCCGGUCUCCAGUAAAAGUUUUGGAUCGAAAGUAUUUAAUUAUAAGGAGGAGGAGUUGCAGAGCGUGUCUCUGAGGGAGGAGGUGGAGAAGCUACAGGGGGAGAAGUGCAUGCUGCUGGAGACCAUUGAGGAUCUGAAGCAGAUUGUGGACCAGACUGUGACUAUGAGCCAGACGGAGCCAGGGCUGGGGCCCAAGGCAGAGGACUGUGGGAAGGUAGACUCAGCUCUAGUAGUGGCCCUACAAGCAAAGAUUACUGCUCUGUCUCUGGAGAACCAGCAGUUAGCCCAGAUACUCAAGAAGCGUCCGUCUCCCCAGGGAGGUGAGGGGGGCCAUGAGGACUCGUCCCGUCCAGAUAGUAUGAACUCUAACGCCUCCUACCACACCACCCACGAGUCCCCCAGCGAGGCCCUGCUCCAGCCUCAGGGGACCGAGGAGGACAUGUCUGAAGGAUCCGCCCUGGAGCUCAGCAGCACCUCCCUGAGACAGGAGGAAGAAGAGGGUGAGGAGGGGGGGAAGGAGGGAGGCGAGGAGGAGAUCAGGCUGCUGAGGGAGACCCUAGGGAGCAUCCAGUCCAAACUACAGGAGACGCAGAAGGAGAACCGCACGCUCCAUGCCAGGUUCAUACCUGAGCAGGAUGAGGAGACAGGAAGGAAGGGAAAGGUGCUGCUUGAGAGUCUAGCAGAGCUCCAGGCCAAGCUGACGGAGACACAGGAGAAACACCAGCAGGCCAGAGAGGAGGUGCUGGCCCUCAGGGCACAGAUUGAAAGAGGAGGUGGUGGAGGAAGGGAAUUGGCAGAGCAGGAGCUCCAGAGACUGAGAAGCUCUCUGGAGCAGGAAGUGAAAGACCUGAGGUCCCAGCUGGCCCAGUCAGGGCAGCAGAGGGAGAGGGAUGUAGGCCGGAUCAGGGAGCUGGAGGCCAGGCUGAAGGCAGCAGACCACAGCUCUGAUCACGAUAAGAGCUUGCUGGUGGACCGGUACAAGGAGGCACAGGAGGAAAUCAGGAUGCUGCAGGAGGCCCUGAGGGGGACGGUCCCUGUGGAGGCUGCAGCUAAUGACUUUGAGGAGAUGAAGGGUGAACUGGGGAGUGUGAUUGAUGGGCUGCAGCGCCGCCUGCUGGAGCUCUCCAAGUCCUACAGCGAGGCCAAGAGUGAACUGAGCUCCACCAGGAACCAGCUGGAGGAGACCCGGGCUGUCAAGCCUAAGCCUGGCAGCCCUGUAUUCUCCCCAGUCAAAGAGCAGGACAUGCUGAGGAGCAGAGUGGAGGAGCUGCAGGCAUCGUUAGCCGACACACAGAGCAAGUACUCGGCCUCUCUGGAGGAGAUCGCCCUCCUGAAGCAGGAGGCUGAUGCUCUGGCCCAGGGGUCAGUGGCGUUAGCUGACCACACCCAGGUGGUGUCCUCUCUGGGCAGCGCCAUCAAGGACCUGGAGGACCAGGCAGACGCUCUGAGACAGCAGCUGUCCCAGAGGGCCCUGCAGGUGGACGCCCUACAGAACAGACUGACCGUGGAGAAGGACCACACACCGGACGACUCUAUAUCACGGCUGGAGCACGAGCAGAUGAGAGGGGGUCUGGAGACUGAGGUGGGCCACCUGACGCAGCUCCUCCAGGGGGCCCUGAGGAAGCAGGAUGAGGUGGCUCUGGAGGCGGCUGCAGCGUGGCAGGAGCUGAAGGAGGGGAGGAGCAAGAGGGAGGCCCUGCAGGAGCUGGCAGUCAGCAGGGAGAAGGAGAACCACACUCUGAGCACCAAGCUCAGAGGGGCCCAGGAUGCCAUAGCUCAGCUGAAGAAGCUGGUGGAGGGACACGUCAGCUCAGAGAGAGAGAAGAAUAAGAAGAUUGAUGACCUGACGAGAGAGGUGGGGAAGUUAAAGGAUGCCUUAAACAGCCUAUCCCAGCUGUCCUACAGCGCAGGCUCUGCUAAGAGACAGCAGACCCUGCAGCAGCAGCAGUUGGACAGCCUACAGCAGCAAGUUAAGCAGCUGCAGUACCAGCUAGGGGAGUCAAAGAGGCAGCACCAUGAGAUAGUGUCCGUCUACAGGAUGCAUCUCCUAUAUGCCGUCCAGGGUCAGAUGGAUGAGGACGUUCAGAAAGCCUUGAAGCAGAUUCUGAGGAUGUGCAAGAUGCCAACAGAAGCCAAAUGAAGUGUCUGAGAUGGAGCAGCCUAUCUAUCUACUGCCAGUGCUGGAGAGGAGACAAGGAAACAACAUCCUUACACGCUGGUCUCCUAACCUACAUGGCCUGUCACACGUGUGCCGCAUCCGUCCAUCAAACACACACGUCCGUCAAAAUCAAAGAUAAUGAUUCUUUAUUUGUCUACAAACUAUUUCAGAGGGGAGCUACAAUAUGAAGACUCCUUGUCAAUAGAUUUGAAUGGCAUCCUAUCUUUGAACUAGCAGUGUUAGUUUUGUAUUGUUGUCACUUAGUUUUUAAUUGUAGCACUGGUUUUCAUGACAUAAUGAUAUAAUCCAAUUUUUGGGACCUCUGCAUGCAAUUUUUCCUAAAUCAACCACAUGCAAAAUGCUUUUUCGGCACUUUUGUCAAUAUUUUCCUAAUAGCAUAAAACUUUUAUGAAAACGAAUAGUUUCAAAUGUAUGGAAGAUUUUUCUAGAUACAUUUAUGAAAUGAAAACAAAGAAGUUUGGUAGUUGUAUUUUUGAACAACCCUAUUUGGGGGUUUUGUAUGAAUUCAGUAUUUUGUGUGAUAACCUAGGCCCUUUUCAGUGUCUGUGAUCUGUGAAUGCCAAUUUUACCCAAUUUGGGGGGUUUUGUCCUCAUUUACACCAUAUUCCCUUGGAGGCUUUUUAAAUCAAUAUGACUUAAUGAACAGAAUCGACCUUUUGAGUAAUGUAACCCCCCAUUGCUUCAACAAUGAUAUUUAUUGAGCAAUUAUCCAGUACUUGAAGGGUGAGGUGGUAUCAGAUCUCUGGGGAGUGUCUCUCUGAGGACAGAAAAUACCCAUGUGACUAAUGCACUUUCAUCAUGCUGUACUCCCAUUCAAACUCUAUAAUGCCUCAGCAGAUUACCUGUCCCAUCCGGGAAAUCUUAGUUUGUGUCCCAUGUGCCUGCUCUUUCUGUGUUGAAGCCUGACAGACUUGUCUUGAUUCUUGAUCUUCUUCCCUCGUUUUAUAAUAUCAUUAUAGUGUAAGAACUGUAGCAGGUAUUCAUAUUUUGUGUUUUUUUGAAGGGGGGGGGUGAAACAACCAACUAUUUCAGUGUUGCUAUACUGUAUCUUGGUAUGGCGGCAUUUGAGUCUGUUGGACUGUUGAGCAAGUUGCUCAGCCUCAUUCAAUCCACUUCAUCCACAUACUGUACAUGAGCAGUAGAGUAGGAAUAGUAUAGUAAAAAGUAAACACCAUAAAACACGAAGUUCAUUACUCAUAAGUAGGGCUAUAAUCUCUGGUGGACAGAUGCAUGUAACAUAUAGCAUCUGUCGACAGACUGGGAUGCAUUACUAACGAGGAACUUUGUUCUGGUAAACAGAUUCUUCAUCAUUUGGACAAAUCACGAUUUUGAGCGCUCUCAUUUUUCGGAAGGGGACAUUCAGCCCAUAGACUUGCCCAAUACUGGCUGAUUUUUUUUUCUGUUUGGGUGGAGACUUAGCUAGUCUUGUUCAAGAGGCCAGGGUUCCGGUCUAGAAGCACGAUUUCGACUGCACCUACAGUCUUUCUUCGGUACUGCAGCUUAAAUGAUGCCCGGCCCAGAAAGACAAUUCACAUAGACGAUACCAUAGAGAAAUUACAUUUAAAAAGUCCAAAAAAAGACACUUAAGUCAUCACCUUUGUGCACACACAUCCAUUGAAUUAUUUAAAUAAUUGUCGCUGGGGCAGAUUCGUUUUAUUUAUUUUUCCAUAGCCGAACAUAUAAAAAUGUUCUAUUCAUCCAAUGUCUCAUGUUUUUGGAUGACAUGAUGAUGUCAUCGCUAAUCGCUCUGCUCCCUGUGUGCACUGAGUGCUAGUGAGUUGUGCUGAGUAAACCCGGAUGCAACCCAAAUAUAGAUGGUCCAUGAAUCGGCGUAUGCAAACGUGAGUAGAUUACGUUUAAAAUAACUGUCGGACAUUUUAGACACUUUCUCUAGUUCUUCUAGCUUAGUGGUCUCGUACACAGUGUACUCCCUUAGUGAUCGCAGUGAUGUGCAAUUACAUCAGACGUGAUAUGCAGGAUGACCCCAGUUAUGGAUGAUAUACAUAACCCGAACCUAUACAUACCACCACAGUGCUGUACUCUGUGGUUUUAGCAUACAUUUCUACUCUUUGGGCUCCUCACUGUGUUUACACAGGCAGCCCAUUUCUGAUCUUUUGCCCAAUUAUGGGCAAACUAUCUGAUCUGAUUGGUCAAAAGACCAACAUAUCAGUAUUGGGCUGCCUGUGUAAACACAGCCUAAAUUAUUUAGGAUGAUCCACUACAGCGGAGUAAUAGAAUAUAAUAGAACAUGAUGAAGACAGGAGUGAAGUUGUCCUUAUAUCCCAGGUCACUUGAUGAGUUUCUCUAACAACUCCUGUUAAUAAGGUAAAAAGAAGACUCCUCUCUGUGACAGAGGUUAAUAAGCAUUGCCUGAAUGUUUUGAAUUUAGAAAGGGAUAAGGAUGAGAUGCCCCUUGUCUCCUGUUGUUUUUACAACAGUUUUUGUAAUGGAAACUGAUUUUGAUGUUUGUUUGCCAGUUGUUUUUCACCCAAUUCAAUAAAUUGUGAAGACCUC